GGGCCUGGGACUUGGCUUUCAGCUGGAUGGCAAAGGAGCCCAGCACUCACCACCUAGCGAUGCCUCCGGUCAUCCUGCUAUCGAUGCUCUGCACCUGCCUCUACUGGGGAUGGCUUCGAGAGGCUGGCAUCUUUGCCCUUAGCUGGGGCGGGCUGUUACGCAUUGGAGAGGCUACUUCAGCUUUGCGGAGUGACUUGAUUCUUCCUGCUGAUGUGCUCCACCUGCAGCGCCACGCCCUUAUAAGGAUAGAGGAGCCAAAGACCAGGAUGAGGAUGGCGAGGCACCAAAGUGCGAAGAUAGAGCAGAGCGACCUUGUGGAGCUGCUGCACUUGGCUUUCGCUGACCUGGAGGCCUCGAACAGACUGUGGGCCCAGUCGCCGCAGACGCUGCGCCGUCGUUUUGACUGGGUGCUCGAGCGCAUCGGGCCAGGUGGUGCUACCUUUCUUUUGUCUCAGACAGAGGACUCCGAGCUGGUCCGCAGAAAGGGCCGUUGGGCUUCCCAACGGGUCAUGGAGAUCUACAUCCAAGAGGUGCAAGCAAGCGUUUAUUUUCCCUCGCUGCCCGUGGAGCUGCGACAGAGGAUCAUGGACCUGGCCCAGUGCUUCGCACCCGUGCUGGCACAGGCUACAGCUUGGAAAAAGGUGGGUAUUCCACCUUCUUCUUGGUUUGCAAUGUUUUCAGCCGGCGAGCGGCCUUACACUGGUCUAUAA